UGGAGGGAGUGACCCGACAUGACGGGUUGUCUUUGUUUUUUUCUGGUCACGAUGGCGAGGGCUUUCCCCGCGUUGGGCAAUACUUACCCGGCCUGUUUGGUCCUGGACGUCCUGUAUCGAGCUUACCGCCACCCUUUGUUCGCCAGAGCCAGGCUAGUGCUUACAAGGGUACCCUUCAUCUCAAUACCCCAUCUACUGCCCCCCCAAGCGCGUACAUAGUAGAAGAGCAUCUCAACCCUUCUUCUACAUCUGCAUCCCCGCUUAGAACUUUUCUCCAAGUAGCCCUUUCGUUCUAAGGAGCUUAGCUAUUCUCAAUGGCGACCGAAAACACUUUCAGCGACUUGGAGAAGAAUAACGGUCCUGAGGCCAAGGAGCUCGAAGAUGGAAACUUGAAAGAUGAAGCGGUCGAUACUGUCAAUGCUUCCUCUGCCCCUGAGCGAAAGUUGCUAUGGAGGCAAGACAAGCGCAUCGUGCCCUUAGCCGCGGGCAUCUACUUCCUUUGCUACCUGGAUCGUUCCAACAUCGGUAACGCCAAAGUGCUCAAUUCGGCAGUUCAUAAUGAUAUGCAAACCGAGACCGGGACCUCGAACUACCAGUUCAAUAUUGCGCUCAUGAUAUUCCUGAUCGGCUACUUCUUAUUCGAAGUGCCGUCAAAUAUUCUCCUCAAGAAGCUUCGCCCGUCUAGAUGGCUUGCCUUCCUCAUGUUCUCCUGGGGUGUUAUCACCAUUGGCAUGGGCGGUGUCCAUAACUACGGUCAGAUGACUGGCGUCCGCUUCCUGCUGGGCGCCUUUGAAGCUGGUCUUUUCCCUGGGCUAGUGUAUUACUUGACAUUCUGGUACAAAAGCGACGAGCGUAGUGUCCGAGUAGCUUUCAUUCUCGCAAGCGCCACUCUUGCUGGCGCUUUCGGUGGAGCAAUCGCUUAUGGAGUUGGCCAUAUGAACCAGACACGCGGCCUCUCUGCUUGGAGAUGGCUUUUCAUGCUGGAAGGUAUUCCCUCAUGUCUAUCAGGAAUUCUUGUAUGGUUCUUCCUACCAGACUACCCCGAGAGAGCUUCCUGGCUCUCGGAGACGGAAAAGGAUUUAGCUGCGCAGCGACUAUAUCUAGAGGGUUCCAAAGGCUCAGCUUCUUCGUUGACUUGGGAUGAUGUCAAGGCUACACUAACAGACUGGCGGUUAUACGGACAUUACGCUAUUUACUUCGCGGUCUCCUUGCCUUUUAGCUCUCUUUCUUUAUUCUCACCUUCAAUCGUCGCCGGCUUGGGUUUCCACGACCUAGAGGCCCAACUGAUGACGGUGCCUCCCUGGGCCGCUGCUUAUGUAUUCCAAAUUCUAAUUUCAUGGUCGGCGGAUCAUUUCAACGCUCGAGGCUAUCACUGUGUCAUUGCCGCGUUAAUUGGCGCAGCAGGUUUCUUGGCCUCUGCCGUACUACCGCCUGAUGCUUACACCCAUCGCUAUGGCUGCUUGAUUGUUGGAACCGCUGGGGCAUUUGGAUGCGUCCCCCCAAUGCUUGGCUGGCUAACCUCGAACAUGUGGAGCACAGCAUCCAUUGGAUUGGCCGUGGCGCUCAACGUCAGUAUCGGCGCAGGUCUCGGACAGAUCCCUGGAGUAUGGAUUUACAAGGCCGAAGAAGCUAAGAAAGGCUAUCCAACUGGCCACGGUGUGAACUGUGCCAUGCUUUUCGUUGUGGCUUUUGGCGCCCUCGGGCUGAGGUAUUACUAUGGAAGACGUAAUCGGACCCUACUGGCUGCAGCUUCUGAAGGCAUAAUUCCUAGAUUAUACAAGCUGUAACUUGUGCUUAUGGGAUCACAUAUCUCUAUCAGCUGGUACUUAAGAGAGAAGGACACAUGUCUUCUAUGACAUUAUCAUAAAUAGGUCUCAAUAUAAGAGAAUAUAACCGUCUUUCUACAUGAAUCAAUUCCCUCUGAUGAUAUCUAACACUAGACUAGUAAAUUCCUUACAGCAUACUUCUCGCGAAAUAUGUCCUCUAUGCCAAG